AAAAGGGCCAGCGUGGCUGGAAUUUAAAGGGGAAAUUAAACAGUGAAAAUUAAUGUUGUGACGAUAAAGAAAACCCAGCGGUCGUUAAACUAGUCCAUCGUAAUCGAAAUAAACUGCUAAGAAUCGGAGAGCAGGAGGUGAAAAAGUCCAUGCUGAUAAACACGCUUCAUGCUUAAACUUCACACUGGCCUCCUUCGCUUGGUAACAAGAACUUUCCACGAAAAAGCAGGGGUUACCGUCGCCAGAUACCGGCUCUCUGUUUCCGAACUCAAGACCCCAGCAGCCAGGCAGUGUUUGGCAUUCCGAAUCCCACUUUUUCCCUCUCGGGCCUUCAAACACAGGUCAAGCCUGGGUUUUUCCCAAACGCCAUUCUCCCAGGGUUUCCAUCUCUCUUGCGGGGUCUCCAGUGCUGACACCAUGGCUGAACAGAGGUUCUGUGUGGAAUAUGCCAAACGUGGCACAGCCGGCUGCAAGAAGUGCAAGGAUAAGAUUAUGAAGGGGCUGGUACGUAUUGGUAAGGUGGUCCCCAAUCCCUUCACUGAAUCUGGGGGUGAUAUGAAGGAGUGGUACCACGUCAAGUGCAUCUUUGAGAAGUUUGAGAAGGCUCGGGCUACCACCAAGAAAAUCGAGGACAUUACUGACCUGGAGGGCUGGGAAGAACUGCAGGAUGAGGAGAAGGAGCUCAUCAACAAACACAUCUCAGACUUGGCUGCCAAGGCUGCUGCUAGCCCCAAGAAGAAGGUCCAGGCCAAGCUGAGCCCUGGUGGCCAGUUGACCUCCCCCUCCACCCAACUGACCAGCCCCUCUCCCCGCAAGUUCUCAGGAUUCUCAGCUACAAAGCCUGGGACCUCAAGUCCGGCUCCUGCCACACAGGGCAGUAAGCUCUCUGCGCAGUACUGUGACCCCACCCAUAAAGACUGCCUGUUCAGGGAGUUCCGUAAACUGUGUGCCAUGGUGGCUGACAAGCCCAGUUACAACGUCAAGACCCAGAUCAUCCAGGACUUCCUGAGGAAGGGCUCCACGGGAGAUGGUUUUCAUGGAGACCUGUUCCUGACGGUGAAGCUUCUGCUUCCUGGAGUAAUCAAGAGUGUUUACAACCUGAACGACAAGCAGAUUGUCAAGCUGUUCAGCAGAAUCUUCAACUGCAACCAGGAAGAGAUGGUCCAAGACCUUGAGCAGGGCGAUGUCUCAGAGACAAUUCGAAUAUUUUUUGAAGGUAGCACAUCUUUUCCUCCGUCGUCAAAGAGCUUGCUGACUAUCCAGGAUGUGAACGCGUUUCUGGAGCGACUGUCUCAACUCACGAAGGAAGACGAGCAGCAGAAAGAGCUGGAGGACAUCUCCAGGAAGUGCACAGCCAAUGAUCUGAAAUGCAUCAUCCGACUUAUUAAGCACGAUUUGAAAAUGAACUCUGGAGCCAAACAUGUUCUGGAUGCAGUGGACCCCAAUGCAUAUGAUGCCUUCAAGGCCUCGCGGAACCUAGGAGACGUGGUAGACAGAGUCCUGAGGAACCAGCAUGAAGCUGCGAGCAGCUCUGGGCCCAGGAAGAUCCUGAGCGUGGAGGCCUCACUCAUGACCCCUGUUCAGCCCAUGCUGGCCGAGGCAUGCAAGUCGAUCGAAUACGCCAUGAAGAAGUGUCCCAACGGGAUGUACUCCGAGAUCAAGUACGACGGCGAGCGUGUGCAGGUGCACAAGAACGGAGACCACUUCAGCUACUUCAGCCGCAGCCUGAAACCUGUGCUGCCACACAAAGUGGCUCACUUUAAGGAGUUCAUUCCCCAGGCCUUCCCUGGGGGGAACAGCAUAAUCCUGGAUGCGGAGGUGCUGCUGAUCGACACCAGCACCAGUAAACCACUGCCGUUCGGGAGUCUGGGGGUGCAUAAGAAAGCAGCCUUUCAAGAUGCCAAGGUCUGCCUGUUUGUGUUCGACUGCAUCUUCUUCAACGGAGUGAGUCUAAUGGACAGGCCUCUCUGUGAACGAAAGAAGUUUCUUCAUGAAAACAUGGUGGAGAUCCCAAAUCGGAUUCUCUUCUCUGAAAUGAAGCGUGUUACUAGGGCCGCUGAUCUUGCUGACAUGAUCACACGAGUGAUCCGAGAAGGCUUGGAGGGGCUGGUGCUGAAGGAUGUCAAGGGUCUCUAUGAACCUGGGAAGAGGCACUGGCUGAAGGUGAAGAAGGACUACUUGAAUGAAGGAGCCAUGGCAGAUACUGCUGACCUGGUGGUAUUGGGGGCCUUCUAUGGGACUGGCUCCAAGGGCGGGAUGAUGUCAGUUUUCUUGAUGGGCUGCUAUGACCCUGCAUCCCGACAGUGGUGCACGGUGACCAAGUGUGCGGGCGGGCACGACGAUGCCACACUCGCACGACUGCAGAGCGAGCUGGACAUGGUGAAGAUCAGCAAGGAACCAAGCAAAAUCCCCGGCUGGUUAAAAAUCAACAAAAACUACUAUCCAGAUUUUGUAGUUCGUGAUCCCAAGAAAGCUGCGGUGUGGGAGAUCACUGGCGCCGAGUUCUCCAAGGCAGAAGCUCACACCGCUGACGGCAUCUCCAUCCGCUUCCCACGAUGCACCCGUAUCCGUGACGACAAGGACUGGCAGAGCGCAACCAACCUGCCGCAGCUCAAGGAGUUGUUCCGCUUAUCAAAGGAGACGUCUGAUUUCGAGGUGACCGCGGGCCCUUCGAAGAGCUCCUCAGGGGGGGAGAGUGCGGGCAGCACCCCUCCCUCCACCUCCACUGCCAGCUCCAGCAAGCUCACCGCUGCAAGCAGCAACAGCGCCACGAGAGCGCCCCCUCCUGUUAAGACUGAGAACCCUUCACCUGGGAAAGCUGUCAAGAGGAAACAGCCUGUAGAAGAAAAGCACACAAAGAAGUUGAAAAAAUCAGAAACGUUGCAAAGCAAUGGGCAAAGCAAAGUGAAAGCCGAGUCGUCUCAGCCCAUCGCACCCGCUCAGGAGAAGACUCUGCUUGAUAUAUUCACUGGGGUAAAGCUGUAUCUUCCAGACUCAGUCCAGGAUUUCGGAAAGCUUCGCCGUUAUUUUAUCGCCUACAAUGGAGACCUGGUGCCUGAAUACGAUGUAGCCAUGGCAACACACACUGUGGGGGAGCUGGAGGAGGCGUCGGAGGCGAAGCGCGUCACCACGCACUGGAUCUGGGAGUGUAUCAGACGACGCAGGGUCGUGCCACCUUGCUGAGGCUGCAGCUUCCCCCCUCAAUACUGUACAGGAUAUGUGUAGAACUGGGACCCGGAGCAGUGAAUCGCAACUUUAAGAACUGUUGUCAAAGAAAUGUAAUAAUGAAACAGGAAUAUUGCUCAGCUAUUAUUUGAACUCUGUCGUGGAGAGAUUUAUUGUAGAAAGAGGGUUUUUCCAAAUCUACGACUUCUGAAGUAAAAUAAAAUAACAUUUUGAAGUGCUAAAAUGAAAUAAAUGCAAUGAUACCGUUUAGACUACAACAACCUUCUCAGAACUUGUAACCUGCCCCUUAAAACACCUGGAGGAAUUAAGGGGCAGGUUACAGAUUGCAUCCACUAGGGGCAAUGUGUUGCCGGGGACAGGUUAAAGACGCUCGAUGGAUUCGGGGGUUAGGCAUGAUUCUGAGCUCUUUAUUGAGGUCACAGGGGUGCUUGUUUUAGUUUUAAAUAUGAUGACACAGAAAAUGAACAAGUUGGCAAACAAAGUGUCUUUUAAAUGUAACUUUUUAAUUAGCCCUAUCCCUGCAUGUCUUUAUCCCUCAGAACAGAUAUAACACUGGCUUCCUAUCCUCUCCCUCUUUGGUGAGGAGACUAACCUGUAUUCAAACAGCAUCAGUACUGGCCAAGAAUUGUAUUUUUCAGGAAUAACUUCUGUGAACUACAUGUUAACAGCUUUUUAAAAUAAAAUGCCUACUUCAAUUUUUGAAAUUGCAGUUUGCAAGCCUUUUCAAUGCUGGUGAGAGGUGAGGUGCAGUGGGCUACAAUCAAUGAGCGACAGACUGAAAUAGGAACCUGAAAGUAAUGAAUCCUCCGAAUUCCCCAAGCCAAUCACCUUUUUGCACCCAGACACUUGAGAGUGGAUGUUGGCAAUCUACCAUGUCCGGCCAGCCCUGCAGGGCUCCACUUGAGCUUACCAAGGCCAGUAG